AUGAAAUCUCUGAGGAAGGAGCUGCCAUUUCGUUCUAUUCUCCUGCUGCGAAAUGAAAAGGAUGCCGACUCCUGCUGGUCGCGAGAGGACUUUGACCAAGACAUUCCCAUCCUGAACUUGAACGCCAAUCAAGGUGUUUAUCUGAAGAAGAUAUUCAACUCGGAGAUGCUGGCAAUGGUGUGCGUGAACCGCAGUGAAGGCGACACCAUGAAGGCUCUCUAUAGAAAUCUACAAGACAUUCGCUACACUCCAACCAUCAUAAUGACCCAAUCGGACACCAACCUGAGUGCUCUGUUCGAGGACUGUCGCUCCCACAAGAUGCUCAAUGUGUUGGCCUUGAAGGACUCCGAUCGCGAAUUUGUCUACAGCUAUCGGGCCUUUCCUCGUCUGCAGGUGGUGAAGCGUCGAGUGCUCCACAUCCGUCGCUACAUUGAGCCGCAAGUCAAGAACAUGGAAGGAUACCAGAUCAACGUUUUACCUGACAAUAUUAUGCCUCGAUCGGUGGUCUAUCGAGAUGCCCAGGGACGUCGUAGGAUGACGGGAUACCUCGCGCACUUAAUAAGGAACUUUGUCGGCACAUUAAAUGCCACGAUGCAUAUCUGUUGGGACUAUGUGCCUGAGGAGGAGAUCAUCGAUAAAAUGACGAUGUUAAACCUGUCAAAUGGUGGAGCUGUGGACUUUCCUUUAGUCUGUGCCAGUCCUGACGAAUUCGGUACGAAUAGCAUUGUGCUGGAGCAAGCCAGUUGGUUUCUUAUGCUCCCCAUGGAGGCGAACACUCCACGGGCUCGUCUCUUCUACAGGAUGGAAGUCUACAAACUGAUGCCCAUGAUAAUACUUCUGGCACUAGUGCUCAGUUUUGUUCAGCGACUGGAAAAGGGUUUGGGACCCAGCGUAAGCUUGAGAAUCUUUGGCGGCUAUAUCCUUUCCCAGGCCAGACUGACGCGUCCCAUCUUUCGCAGGUCCCAAGAGAUAGUAUUUCAUCCGGGUAGUAUCUUCGCCAUGCCCCUUCCGAAGAACUCAAUCUAUUGGCAGGCCUUCAAUCAAUUCCUUUUGCUUACCCACGAUAGUGGCCUGUACGAAUUUUGGUUCAGAAGAACCUUCAAUGAGCUCGCUGCAUUGGGUAUGAUGAGCUACCAUGUGGACAAUAGCACGCAGCCCUAUCAGGAUCUCGUGUGGGAGGAUUUCUUCUUUAUCUGGCUUCUGUAUAUUGGCGGCACUUUUGCCAGUCUCCUGGUAUUCAUUUUCGAAGUUUUGUACUUUAAAUGGAAGCAUGGAGUUAGUCCAUAG